CCCGGACUUUUUCCUGGAACAAAUUUCCGGGGUAGAGCAUACGGUACCAGGAUGGUAAAGGCGGGUUUUGCGGAGAGCUCGGCAUGGUUUGCAUGUGAUUAUCCCGCACCGCUAACGAAAGCGGCCCUUUAUGGAGACACACCCGCGCCCGCUCAUGAAGGGGGGGAGUAGUUAGUUUUGCUUGAUCGCAAAAGCUGUUUCGUGUGUUUUUUCUUUCUCUUUUCCUCUCUCUCUUCUUCAUUCCCAUCACCUAUCCUGGACUAUUUGAGAGUUCACCACACACACACACACACACACACACACACAACAACCGCCACAAUGUCCAAGACCUUCACCCAAGCCGACGUUGCGUCGCAUAAGACGACUGAUUCCUUGUGGAUCACCAUCGACGGCGAUGUUUAUGACCUGACCAAGUUCCAGGAUGACCAUCCAGGGCGGUAAGAAGAUCCUCCAGAGAGUUGCCGGCAAGGACGCCUCGAAGCAGUUCUGGAAGUAUCACAAUGAGGGUAUUCUCAAGAAGUAUCAGAAGCUCCAGAUUGGCUCGUUAGAUACCAAGCCCAAGAAGGAGGCACCCCCUGCUCCCGCGCCCAAGAAGGAGGCCCCUAAGCCUAAGCCUGCUGCUGCUGCUGCUGCUUCUGCCCCUGCUGGGGAGGCUGAGGCUCUUGAGCCGUUUGGAGAGCAGAUUCCUUUUGGUGAUCCUGCGUGGUACCAGGGCCACCACUCCCCCUACUUCAACGAGACCCACGCCGCCCUCCGCGCCGAAGUCCGCGAGUGGGUAGAGACCGAAGUCGAGCCCUACGUCACCGAAUGGGACGAGAAGAAGGAGGUCCCCGCCCACAUCUACAAGCAGAUGGGCGAGCGCGGCUACCUCGCCGGUCUCCUCGGUACCCACUACCAAAAGGACUACGUCAAGAACCCCAUCAAGUCGGUCCCCGCCGAGAAGUGGGAUCUCUUCCACGAAAUGCUCCUCACCGACGAGCUCUCCCGCGUUGGGUCCGGUGGCUUCGUCUGGAACGUUAUUGGUGGCUUCGGCAUCGGCUGCCCCCCCUUGGUCAAGUUCGGCAAGAAGUCUGUCGUCGACCGUGUCCUCCCUGGCAUCCUCAACGGCGACAAGCGCAUCUGCUUGGCCAUCACCGAGCCCGACGCCGGUUCUGACGUCGCCAACCUCACCUGCGAGGCUAAGCUCUCCGAGGAUGGCAAGCAUUAUAUCGUCAACGGCGAGAAGAAGUGGAUCACCAACGGUAUCUGGUGCGACUACUUCACCGUCGCCGUCCGCACCGGCGGCCCCGGCAUGAACGGUGUUUCCCUCCUGCUCGUCGAGCGUGACUUCGGCGGUGUCUCCACCCGCAGGAUGGACUGCCAGGGCGUCUGGUCUUCGGGCACGACCUACAUCACGUUCGAGGACGUCAAGGUCCCCGUCGAGAACCUCAUCGGCAAGGAGAACCAGGGCUUCCGCGUCAUCAUGACCAACUUCAACCACGAGCGCAUCGGCAUCAUCAUCCAGUGCCUCCGCUUCUCCCGCGUCUGCUACGAGGAGUCGGUCAAGUACGCCAACAAGAGGAGGACGUUUGGCAAGAAGCUGAUUGAGCACCCCGUCAUCCGGCUCAAGCUGGCGCACAUGGCAAGGCAGAUCGAGGCGUCGUACAACUGGUUGGAGAAUGUGAUUUACCAGUGUGAGAAGAUGGGCGAUACCGAGGCUAUGCUUCGUCUCGGCGGCCCCAUUGCCGGUCUCAAGGCUCAGGCUACCGUCACGUUUGAGUUCUGCGCCCGUGAGGCGUCGCAGAUUUUCGGCGGCUUGUCCUACUCUCGCGGUGGGCAGGGUGGAAAGGUCGAGAGGCUGUACCGUGAUGUGAGGGCUUAUGCUAUCCCUGGCGGUUCCGAGGAGAUUAUGCUUGACCUCAGCAUCAGGCAAAGUAUGAGGGUUGCCAAGAUGUUGGGUAUGAAGCUUUAGGGGAGGGUUGUUGUACAAAAGAUGGGUCCUGUAAGAAUGGUGUACCAGUAUGGGUGGUCGGCGGUAGACGGCAUCGUUUCAUAUUUCUCUCUCUUUUGGUUUUUCAUCAUCUGUUCUUAGCAUGAUAUCAACAACAGAUUUGUUUUUUUUUUUUCUAUUUUUCGGUUAUAAGAAUGGCAUUUGGAUAGGAUGUUCUGGUGGUGGAGCUGUCAUGGGGUGUAGCGGGAGCAUAGAAAUAUAUCUGAUCAACAUUAAACUUGUCUUCAACUUGCUCGCUGUUGUAUA